GUCACCGGUUAUGGUAUGUUAAAGAUGAGGUGUGCUAUCAAACUUCGAAGAGCUGUAUAUUUUGUUACGCUCUUAAUAAUUUAUAGUUUAUAGAAUUCUAUCGUUUAAAUUUAGCUGUUCUGAAGAAUAGUAAUAGUGAUGGGGGAGCAAGAUGAAGGGUUAAAGAUACGACUGAUGGAUCAGCAUGCCAUCCCUGAGGAGGAACAACAACGGGUGCUGCACAUGUUGAAACAACACAAUAUCUCAGACGACCACUUCAAAUUCUACCUCAGCUCAUUCAAGUUCUUCGACAGAGACCCAGAGGAUAAUACUAUCAAAAAUGAUGAGCUAGUGGAUGCUCUCCGCUGCUUCGGACUCAACCCCUCCGGACAGGAUGUGCAGCAGCUGCUAAUCGAAUUCGACACCAACAGUAAGCCAGAGUCAUCAAGUAGUGUGUCUGCUGGAAGCCACAGCACUCACCAUAAGAAUUCGAACUUGAUAGAACUAUCCGAGUACAUUUUGAUGGCCAAGGCCAUGCUUAGCAAACAUGACCCUGAGGCCCUGCAGAAUGCGUUCAAAUUCUUCGACGUCAACGGAGAUGGAUUCAUUUCCACGGACGAACUCAAGAAAGCGUUGACUGAGUGUGGGGACACUAUGACGGACGAAGAAGUAGAUGAGAUGAUGUCAGAGUUGGACAUCGACCAUGACAACAGAAUAAAUGUGCACGAAUUCGUAGUCCUGCUCAAGUCCCAUGAUCAAUUAUGAAGGCAGCUUUUAUCGACAACUAACCCGAAACCAAAACAAAUGUUAAAUCGUUUUCAUUAUUUUUUUCAGCCAAUAAAAAAUGAAUACAUAAAAUUUGUUUUCUUAAAAUGAUAUCAUGAAUACAUCCGAGUUUUCA